CAGGCAGAAGACAACAUGCUCCGGAGGAUGCAGAGCUGCACCACACCACUCACGUCUGACUGGCACUCGAUCAUGUACCCGCUCAAUAAUGCAGGACUUGGGAAGGGUUUGGAGACCAUCGCUCCUCUGGUCCGCUCUGUGGAGGAGACCCCUGAUCCGAUCCCUGCCGACGUACGAGGAACCAUUCCCCACUGGAUCAAUGGCAGCCUGCUCCGAAACGGCCCGGCAAAGUUUGAGUUUGGAGACACGCACUUCAACCACUGGUUUGACGGGAUGGCCAUGCUCCACAAGUUCAAGAUAGAGAAAGGCCAGGUGACGUACAUGAGUCGCUUCCUGCGCAGCAACGCCUACAAGAAAAAUAGCGAACAGGACCGCAUCAUGGUGUCAGAAAUUGGUACUGUCAGCAUGUCCGACCCGUGUAAAAACAUCCUCCAGCGAUUCUUCUCUCGCUUUGAUAUGAUAAAGCCAACAGACAAUGGCAAUGUCAACAUUGUGAAAUAUAAGCGAGACUACUAUCUCAGCACAGAAACCAACUUGAUGCACAGAGUGGACCCAGAGAACCUAGAAACACUGGAACAGGUUGACUGGAGCACGUUUGUUGCCGUUAAUGCAGCAUCCGCCCACCCUCACUACGACCCUGAUGGUACCAGCUUCAAUAUAGGCAACUCCUAUGGAAGAAAAGGAGCCACGUACAACAUCAUUUGUGUACCUCCUGAGAAGUCAAACGCAGAAGACACCCUGCAAGGCGCCAAAAUUCUCUGUUCAAUCGAACCUGCAAACAAGUUGCAGCCCUCCUACUACCACAGCUUCGCCAUGUCGGAGAACUACGUGGUGUUCAUUGAACAGCCAAUUAAAAUAGACUUGAUGAAGCUACUCACAUGCGUAAUGAGGGGCAAGGCGCUCUGUGAGGCCAUCUACUGGGACCCCAAGAUGAAAACCGUCCUGCACCUCAUCCACAAGCGUACUGGCCAGGUCAGCCAUGUGAAGUACUACACCAAAGCUUUCGCCAAUUUCCAUCAGAUCAACGCCUUUGAAGAGGAUGGGUUCUUGAUGCUGGACCUGUGUUGCUUGGACGACAGCCGAGCGCUCGACAUCUACUUCCUUCAGAAUUUACGCAAGUCGGGGGAAGCGCUAGAUGAGGUGUACAACAGCAUGAGCAGAGCUCUCCCUCGUCGUUUUGUUUUACCCCUUCACGUGACCGAUGACACGCCGACUGACCAAAACUUGAAUACUCGUCCUUCCAGUUCAGCAACGUGCGUCAAAACCAGCAACGCUAAGGUGUUCUGCCAACACGAGGAUCUCCACGGCGAUGACCUCUACCAGUACGGCGGCCUGGAGUUGCCUCACAUCAACUAUGAGCGAUACAACGCGAGGCCUUAUCGUUAUUUCUACGGUUGCGGCUUCAGACACCUGUUUGGAGACUCACUUCUCAAGAUGGACCUGAACGACAAGACGCUAAAGGUCUGGUACCAGAAGGGCCUCUUCCCAUCGCAGCCGGUGUUUGUGCCCUCACCGGACGCCGUGGAGGAAGACGACGGGGUCAUCCUCUCUGUGGUUCUCUCCCCUUCGCAGAAUCAAAGCACAUUCAUUCUGGUUUUGAAUGCCAAGACGUUUGAGGAGUUGGGAAGAGCCACUGUGCCUGUCAACAUGCCCUACGACUUCCACGGUGUCUUCAACGCAUCUGCUUGAAUGUUACGUCUCCUCAAUAAUAACAUUAAUAAGCAUACUACAGUACUCCAAAAGCACAAUGACGUAUUACUUCUAUCAUGAUGGUACCGAACUGAUUUGCUGCCGUAUGCCUUGAUGAGAUACACUGCUUUGUUACCAACGUGAUGCAUAUGAAUACAAUUGAGGACCAGGUUUAUGUUUGAAUUACCUGUGCAUAGCUUUUGUAUGAGCACAAAACUGCUAACGCAACACAAGCCUUCUCUAUAUGUGCUUUUUAAUACACAUCAUUUGAAUGCUGCACUUUUUUUUUUUUUUUUUGCUCUUUGUGUAUCUUUUGUAUAAAAUUUAGAAUGCUCUCAAAUCCUCAUUGUCUUUAUUUACACACAGAGAAAGUACUCUUUUUCCAAGCAAAAGCAUCGGUUACUGCACAAUCCCUGCUAUUUUUCAUGUUAUUUUGUUGAUCGAUAAUACAUUUUAUGCAUGCACUAUAGAAAAUAAGAACUGACAAAUGCACAACACAAUUAGGCUACUUUAAUACUUUAACAUUUUUUACACAUUAUUUAAAAUAACUGUAUGGAAAGACAGUUUUAAAAUAAUACCCCUUACCCUCGUAUAAGAGCAAAAAUGUGCCAAAACGAGAAGGAUUGCAAGCAUCUGCUCGCGGUGCGUCAUUUAAUCAUGUUGCCAGUGCCAGACGUGAGUGGGUUACGUAAAGCUGUUUGUUAUAUAACCGCGCCGCCGCAGGGCGCACAACGGAGCGCCGCACGCCACUUGCGCCUGACUGGCUGUCAAGAGCGACAGUACGUUUGGAUUCGUCCACUACGAACAUGGCCCCGGUCGAUGAUGCAGGUAAAACGCUUCUUAUUCGGUUGCUAAUUGCUUUGUUUUUGGUGAGGAUAAGCGGAUGGAUCAAUUCCAGGGUUCAGUGAAAAGGGUGACGUGCCUACGAUGAUGGCUUGCUGUACUUUCUCAUCACUAGCCGCUAAAUGAAAACAUGUUUCAGAUACACUUUGCUUGAAGUUAUUCUACUUGAAAUUGCAAGUGCUCUUUACGACUGUAGAUGAACGCAAAGAAAGCAUAUUUUACCAUGUAGCAUGUUUCUAUUGCUUCUUGGAUACAUAUUCAACCAUGAAAUAUUGUUGUCCCGGUGUCACAUGUGCAGGGUGUCCAUAAUGUCUAUUAAUCAUUUUUACAAUUUUGACAGACUUUGUGGACACCCUGUUAAUUUGUGUAGUGUACAAACUACUAAUAAUGUCUUACUGUAAAACUACACUCUUGUGUACUGUAUAGCUAACAAUUAUUGUCCCACUUUGAACAUAUUUUAUUAUAUUAAUGUAAAACUAAGGGUAUAGUAUUGCUGUUUUGUAACUGUAACCUCUGUUUACUGAGCAUGUGAAGAAUAAUUGUUUAGGUAACUAUAACACUGUUUGGAUGCACAAGUUAUAUUGAACUUAAACUUUCCACGAUUGCUGUGCAAAUGUUUACACAUAUUUGACACAUCUGACUAAGACUAAUUUAAAUACCAUUUCGGUCCCAAUGUUUAGAUGCACAAAUAGCCUACUGCUUAUGUAUAACUGAAUAAAACACUGAACUGUA